AUGGCCCAAUCCAAGGCGGCCAAGCGCAAGCGCAAGGCCCAGGCCCAGGCACAGGCCGACCACCCCAGCAAAGCCGUCAAGACAGGCUCCUCGCCCGCCGGAGAUGCCGCCGCCGCCGCCGCCGCCGGCUUCGAGCCCAAGAGCCUCCAGACCGUCAUCUCGGACGAGGAACUCGAAAUCACCAUUGACACCCUCGCGACGCUCGCCAAGUACCCCAACCUAACCAAGUCGAAGCUGUGCAAGGACCUCAGAGUCGCCGUGUAUGACUUUCGCCAGUCUUGUACCACGGGCGUCAAUGCCGCAGAUGGCGCCAAUCUCACUGCCCGCGUCUCCGCUGCCCUCGCCGAUGAGAAAUACCUCGAAGCCAAGAUCCUCCUCGCCGAGAUGCGCCUGCGCGGCCAGGAGCCCAAGCUCGGUGCCCUCUGCCGUUGGGUCCGCGACCUCGAUGUCGUCACCCAGCCCAAGGGCGUCAGCAUUGUUGGCCCCGAGCGCUCGGCCAAGGAUAUGGAGCUGCUGGGCGUCUUGGAUGCCGUUUUGCGCGUAAGCUGUCCCGUCGACACGAGCGCUGCCAAGGCUGCCAUCGACCUCUCCUCGCACAUCGCCUUCCAGACGACCUGGGACCUUCGCGCGUCCACGACACCGCACCAAGUUUACGCUUCCGUCUUGGACAAGUCAAUACUCUCGUCCGCGCCAAAGAAAUCCUUGCGCAUUAUCGAAACAACACCGGGUCAUCUUCGCAAGCCGCCCAAUCACCAUCCCGCCAUUCUCUACACCACCGAACUCGACAGCGUCUCCCUUUCACCUGAACGUCAGGACAUCACUUUCCACAACCACCCCAGCGUGCCCAAUCUUGGUCUCGCCACCAAUGUUCUGUCGCCUGAUGAGUGCAAGGCCAUCAUUGCUGCUGGCGAGAGCGUCGGCUUCAUCCCCGACACGCCCGUUCGCGAGGGCGGAGAUACGAGCGUCCUCGCGCACAACUUUUACUGGAUCGUCGACACGGCCUUUCAUGAUAAGCUCUGGGCGCGGAUGGCGCCGUUUGUGCCCGUUGCGGUCAACGGCCGGCUUGCGCGGGGCCUCAACCGGAGGUUUCGCGUGUAUCGCUAUGUGCCGGGCGCCGAGUACCGCUGCCAUAUCGACGGCGCCUGGCCCCCGUCAGGCAUACGCCCCGACGACACAUACGUCUAUGACGACUCUCCGCCCGACAAGAAGCAGAGUUCACUCUUCACAUUCCUACUAUACCUCAACGACGAGUUUGAGGGCGGCGAGACGACCUUCUUCAUUCCCGGUCAGCGCGAGGGGAUUCUCAAUGCCUAUCCCGUGCGGCCAGUCAUGGGCGGUGUGGCCGUGUUUCCCCACGGCGAGACGAACGGAGCGUUACUGCAUGAGGGCACGAGUGUCAAGAAGGGCGCAAAAUACAUCAUCCGGACUGACAUUGAAUACGACGUGGAGCCUUCGGAGGCAUAG